UUAGAACAGAAAUAUUUUUUUAAUAUAAUGUUUUGGCUACUACUUGUUUCUUCUGUAGCAUUAUUAGCUACUACAAACGGUCAAUAUGAUAAAGACUGUCAAAUGCAAAAUCAACAAACUGGCCGCUGUGUACCCAUAAAAUCAUGUAAAAAAACAUACGAACUUUUAAAUAUAAUUCUUACUAGUGGAGGUGGUAAACCAACAGAUUCAGAAAGAGCGAUAUUAUUAGCAUCGAAAUGUGGUACUAUGAAAAAUGAAACUUUAGUUUGCUGUACCGAAUCGGAAAUUCAGCUGAAUGUUGAUGGUUUGAACAUAUUGAAAAAUAAUACUUGUGGUAUUUAUAGUGUGGAUAAAGUUUCGAAUGGUCAUCAAGCAGCAUUAUUUGGUUAUCCAUGGAUGGCUCUACUAAAAUAUAAAGAUGAACGUCAACCCUUUAAAUGUGGUGGCACAAUAAUAAGUGAUCAAUACAUUUUAACGGCAGCUCAUUGUGUUCAUAAAUUGGAACAUUUACUUAAUGCAGUACGUUUGGGAGAACAUAAAAUAAGCACAGAAAGGGAUUGUAUUAAAACACCACGAAAAGAUAUAUGUGCUCCACCUGUGGAGGAUGUUGGAAUAGAAGAAAUAAUAAUUCAUGAGAAAUACACUAGGAGCCUUUAUCAUGACAUAGCUUUGAUACGUUUGAAUAGAAAAAUUACAUUUCAACGUCAUAUAAAACCCAUUUGUUUGCCAAUAUAUGAUAACUUACGUAAUAAGGAAUACAGUCAAUAUGUCAUCUCUGGUUGGGGUACAACAGAAAAUGGCACUACAUCCGAUAUUCUGUUAGUCGCUAUUGUUAACAAAGUCGAUCGCAUGGAGUGCGAGAGAUUGUUAAGAAUGCAUCGCCUUCGAUGGCCAAUAACAAUGGGACAAAUUUGUGCCGGUGGCAAAGAUUUAGUAGAUACCUGUCGCGGUGAUUCUGGUGGACCAUUGGGAUAUCGCGACUUUUAUAAUGAUACACCACGUUUUAUACAGUUUGGUAUUGUCAGUUUAGGUUUGGAAGCGUGCGGUGUUAAGGAAGUACCAACUAGUUAUACAAAUAUUUCAUAUUAUUUGCAAUGGAUAACGGAUCAUAUCAGUGCAAAAUUUUUAAUAAGAAGUUUCAGAUCAUAUCACUCACUGAACGGAAGAAUAAUGUUUUACGAUUUCAUAAUAAUAAUUCCUUUACUGUGGACAAUUGCACAAGGACAGUAUGGAACUAAUUGUUUACUUCCCAAUCAUCGAAGUGGCCUGUGCAUGCCUUUGAAAUCUUGUAAAUCGACAUAUAGAAUAGUUAAUAAUAUUCUUGACAAUGGCGGUAAAAUUAGCAAUGCUGAUCGAGAAAAGCUUUUGAGUCUACAAUGUGGAACUAUGAGACAUAUUCACUUGGUAUGUUGUGAAGAGUCUGAUAUUCAAUUAAAUCCUCUCGGUUUAGAUUUACUAACAAAUAAUUCUUGCGGCAUAGAAAACACAAAUAGAGUAGCAUACGGUCGAGAUGCUAAAUUAUAUGGUUUUCCUUGGAUGGCUUUGUUAAAGUACGACGAUCCUAUAAAGCCAUUCAAAUGUGGAGGAUCAUUAAUAAGUGAUCAAUAUGUUUUAACUGCAGCUCACUGUAUUAAUGAAACCUUAAAGACACUUAUUGCAGUAAGACUUGGAGAACAUCGCAUUAGCACCGAACAAGACUGUGAAAACUUGGGUAGAAAAACUAUUUGUUCUCCACCCGUCGAAGAUAUUGGCAUUGAAGAAAUUAUAAAACAUGAGCAUUAUACAAAAACUUAUGUACAUCAUGAUCUUGCAUUACUGCGUCUCAAUAGAAAAGUUCGCAUUCAACAACAUAUUAAAACUAUCUGUUUGCCAAUAUACGACAAUUUAAGAACAAAAGAAUAUGAUAAGUAUGUCAUAUCCGGAUGGGGAGCAACCGAAAGAGAUAUGUUAUCCGAUGUUCUCCAGGUUGCUGUUAUAUCAAAUAUAAAUCACGUAGAAUGUCAAACACAGUUAAGAACGUUUCGUUUUCGCCAGAAUAUAACAAGGGGACUUUGUGCCGGUGGUGAAAAUUUGACUGACACCUGUAAGGGAGAUUCUGGUGGACCUUUGGGUUAUAGAGACAUUUACAACGGCAAGCCAAGGUUUAUACAAUUCGGAAUUGUAAGUUUUGGUGUUACUGGCUGUGGCCGUAUAAUAGCACCAUCUAUAUUUACAAAUGUUGCUCACUAUAUACAAUGGAUAACGGAUAAUAUGUACUGA